UUUGUUGUUUGGCUAAAGAUGGCGUUAGCGGCUAACACAGGCGAUUGCAUUUUGUUUCACAAAAACUAUUCGGCCAGUGGUAACAGCACAUUGAUCAAUUAGAGCUUUAUUCCGUCAUUUCAUAUGUAAAAAUAUGUUACAUUGAGAUGAUACACGUAUAUCACGUAGAAUAACGCUUGUUCGGCCUUCCCACGAUGUAGGCCUGUUUUUAGGGAGGGGACCGAAGCUGGUGGAACUCCAUCUCCCAUCAGCGAUUGCGGCGUCAGGUGGUACACAUUUACUUUUUCAUGGUAUCUGUAGUUUAUUGACACCAGAAUGUUGUUUUUUGUGGAAACUUUUGAAACGUGAAUGAAGUCAUUAAGAGCACACAUUCAUUAGUUGAGUAAAAAACUUAAACGUUUUUAAGUAAACGGACAUGUUAUUUUAUUUCUCUAUUUCACUGGAAGCGUUCAAUGAUGCUCCACAAUGUGUUUAAAAUCUGUCUAAACUGAGACGAGAAAUAUUAAGAUAACUGAACCGGGGACUAUGGCUGCAUCACCUGUUCAAAUGGACUGCAAUCAGUCAAGAGCUCCUUCCAGAGACCAGAGAUCACCAGAGUCUUCUUUGACCUGGUGCUUGGCUCACCUCUGCUGCAAACCCGGAUCAGGAGCUGAACACCACAGGCAUGGCAACGGUGACUCAGGCGGUGGCAGAGAGGGGGACAAAAGGAUCAGAGCCUCUCAGUGGAGAGCCCUGGUUGCAAUCCGGACUCAGCACAUUAAGGGGGACAAGGCUGGCAUUGCCAGAUUCAGAACUCAAGGUGGUCUCAGACCCCUGCUGGAGCUGCUCAAACACCCAGAGUGCUCCAGGAAACCCCUUGACCUGGCUCUGAGCAUCCUGGCAAACUGCUGCACUGAGCUGCUAACACGCAUAGAGGUUCGUAAGCUUGAUGGAAUAAAUAUUGUAGUGGAGAUCCUGAAGGAAAAUAUGGCCCUGGAGACCGUCCAGAACAGGGCAGCCCGGGCUUUGGGAAACUUGGCCAUGGAUGCUCAGAGCUCUGCACUCAUCCACUCUGCAGGUGGGGUUCCUCUUCUCCUCCUCUGUGUGUCUCUCUCUUCUGGCCCGUCCUCCCCCACUGAUGCUCCGCCCAAAGAGCCCUGUCCUAAACUGGAGUGCGCUCAGUCUGCUGCUCGGGCUCUCCUCUACCUCUCAGACACGCCCUCUAACCGCCUGUCGCUGCUCACCCAGGGGACCUUAUCCUCUCUCGCCCCCCUCAUCGCUCCAGAAUAUCCCCUGGCGCUGAGACAGGCGGUGCUCAAGACACUCCACGAGCUGACUCGUGGCUGUGGGGUUGAAUGUGCCAGGGAGGCGUCCCGCUCUGGAGUCCUCACUCAGCUUGGUGUCAUGGCGUCGGGGGAGUCAGGUAAACCUUUUGAGGAGCUGGCACUGAAAUCCCUCGCCAACCUGUGCGCCCAAGGCUGCCUGCGCCCUCUGGUGGGGUCACUGGGGGUCAUUCAGAAGUUCACUGAGGAGGUGAAGAGGGACCCUCUGAAGUCUGGAGUCUUCCUUAAGGCGCUGUGCUUGUGCUGCAAGGAGGCGGUAAACCGGGCCAAGGUGAAGGAGAGCGGUGGACUGGAGGUGCUGAUUGGCUUUCUGGCUGCGCAUCAGGGUCACCCCCUCUCCAGAUUCACCAUCCUUGCCUGUGUAGACUUUGUUUUUGAUGAGUCUGCUAUGGAGCAGCUGCAGGAGUUGGGACUGGUCCCUCUGCUUGUUGCACGACUGGUGGAGAUCACCAGAGGCGAGGAACAAUCUGAUGAGAAGAUGGAUGUGAGCCUCUCCGCCAGCAUGUCUCCCGCUGAGCUCCUGCCCUCGUCUUGUUUUGAAUCCUUUGACUUUCCUUCUCCUGAGGGCUGCAAGAAGGAGGAAGCUGGAAAGGAGCUAUGUUCAUCAAGCUUUUUAAGUCUCAGGUCCUGGUUGGUGUCUGAGGGUUUGAUCUCCUCGGAGGGCGACCUGCUCGAUUCGUCUGGAGUUGAAGGGGAAUGGGGGAGUCUUCAGAUCCCACCCUCUUCAUCACCUCAAACCUCCUCCCCAAACCCUGACUCCCUUUCCUCUCUUAAAAACUCUUCUCCAUCCAACCCUACUGCCUUUUCCACUUUUAAAAAAGCUGCACAGCCUUCACCCGUGUCCUCUUCAGCCCAUCCCCAGCUGUCUUCCUCCUCUAAAAUCACUGAUCCGCCGCCUUCUAGUCCUCAAUCCUCGAAUGCGCUCACAGCCCAAACCCAGCCCAGUUCCACUCUCUCCUCCCCCACUAAAACGCCCCAAACACCCGUCUCUCCGUCAAAGUUAUUCUCCCCUCACAGAAGGAGGCAGCGCGUUAAUUCAGCCGCUUGUUUAACUAAAGUAACUCUUGAUACCCCUCCCUCUGUGCCCCGCACCAUGGCUUACCACCCCUACCACCCGGAGCCCUGGACCCCUGAGUCGCCCAUCCUGCUGCUGCUGUCACGCUUUUCCCACUCCACUGACCCGAGUGCUGCUCUGAUCAGCCCGGGCGUCAUGUCCGGCCUGCUCUACUACCUCACCCAGCACCAGGACCCCAGCAGCAGGUGCUUCCGGAUGCUGUGCCGGCUGAGCUGCAACCCAAAUUGUCUGCAGGCGCUGGUCCGAACUGGAUCUGUAGCUCUCAUUCAUCACCAUCUCUGCCAGAGGGGGGGAGGAUUCGAGGGAGGGAAGAGGCAGACGGAACGAGUGAAAGCUAAAGUCAAACAACUCGGUCUUACUCUGCUUAAUAAUCUGCGCGUCCAGUGUGAAUCUGGAUUUGGGUCUGGGGUUGUUGCCCACGUGAUGCUGUCAGGCUGCGAGUCUGACAAGAUGAACUGUGCGCUGUCGCUGCCAUUAAUCUGCAGCAACAAGUCCCUGUUGAAGAAGCUUCUCCUGGACUCCGGGGGGCUGCUCUUAGCUCUGCAGCCCCUUGGUUGCGAUGAGGUUGAUGUGAAGGAAGACCACCCCGCUGAAUGUGGAAAGUUGCUUUCUGAUUGGUUUAACACGUCACAUUCAGGCCUGACUCCUCAGCUCCACUCGCUGUUGUCCUCCCUCCUGAUUGGAUGCCUGUCUACAUUGACAGGUAGCAUCAAAAUGGAGCUUGGCAAGAAACAUCUUAGUCUAAUUACAACACACUCAGUCAGUAAAAUUGACAAAGCGUCACCUCCUCCUUCGAAAAGGCCUCGUCUGACUGACACCUGUCCGUACGGAGUCUCAGACUUUGACCUCCUCUUGCUGCUGGAUGACGGGACUCAGGUCCAGGCCAACAGGGAGGCCGUGGCCGGGGUGGAAGGGACAGAGGGGGUUGGCUCUGAAUACUUUUGGGCUCUGUUGAGAGGCGGUUUUGGUGAAGCUCAGGGUAGUGUAGAAAAAGCCAUCAGCAUCAAAGAUGUCAGCCAAGGUAUGCUGCUACCAGUUCUGCAUUAUCUGCACGGAUGUCGCCUUACCAAGGACACGGAAACAACAAGCGAAAGUGAUGAAGGAGAGAAGAGGGGGCAGUGUCUGGUAUUGGACAAGUUAGUUCUCGAAGGACUAGGGUUCUGCCAAAAAGAGCGGGAGGAUCGCUCAUCAGAAGACUUGGAUUUCCAGAAAACAGCUUUAGGUGAGGUGAUGAUUGGGGCGUGCAGAUUUUUAGUGACUGAGCUACAGAGAGAGUUAGAAGAUCUCUGCGUGUCUCUUCUCCUGUCCUGCUCCACAAAGGUUGCUUAUCGAGCUGCAUCAGCUCCAACAGUUGACACGGUUGAAAAGGCUGCAUCUAAAUCGGACCAAGACUGUCUCGAGUCUGCAGAGGAGAACCUGGCUAAUCGUACAUCUGAGUUAGAGUUGACGGGUUUUGAGGUUCAAACUGAAAAUGUACCAGGGCAGAAACAAAACAGUUCCUUGCUCAAGACGGACAAGAAUAUAACCUCUCGUGCUUUGGACCACAAGACAAUCAAUGGCUUCAUUCGAGUUUCAAAAUCAAGCUGUGUGUCAGGGGUAGACAAAUCACGUGAUCCAGAAAAGUUGAGGCUAAGACCAAAGAACUUGAAAGGUUCAGCACAGCGUCUAAAAUCAUCAGCUCAGGACUCAAUGUCUUCCUCAGCAGCGAGUGCUGAGGGUGGGUCCGUGGCUGCCCUCCUCCCCCAGGUGUACUGGUUCUCUCAGCGCUACAGCUACCCUGCCCUGGGUCAGGCCUGCCUGUCUCUGCUGCUGGGCUGUCAGGACUCCCCUCGGCCCCUCUUGUCCUCCUCUCUAGCUGGGGAUUGCCUUCGCAGACUUGCCAGAGAGGCUGACUGUAUAGAGACUCUGAAACAGGGUCUGCUAAGUCUGGCUGCAGUGUCUCUGAGCUGAGCGAGGAGGAAAUAAUAUGGCGAGUGUUUGGUGGCAUGAAUUCAGAGGGCACAGAUUAAUUGAGUCGAAUUUAGGGCUUGUUAUAAGCUUCUAGAAAAAUUGCCAUUGUACUCAAUUCAUCAAAUGUCUUUAACUUUAAAGUGCAGGUUACAGCAACAGCAUGAUUACAUGAGAACCUGCUGUAUGAAUUCCUUGAGUACUAACAGGACUGAUUUAUUUUCAUAAACUCGAAGCAUACAUUUCAUUUGAGUUUUGAUCUGUAAUGUGUGACAGCAUGACAAAAUUGUAUUAUCAUUUCUUUCUAUUGUGAUUUUUCUUUCUUUUUUUUGGGUAAAAAAUCUGUAAUUUAUUUGAGAAAUGUCAUUUAGCUGGAAGUACUGGAAUUAUCAGGGUUGGUCUAGAAACCAGUUGUUUAUUUUGUACAUAGAGAUAAUUUGAAUUAGCAAGUAUACGGUUUAUAGAUUCCAACUGUCCCAUAUAAAUUUAUGCCACUAAAUAUAUUGUUGGAACAUCA